AUGAGCCUCCCGGUGAAGCUCCAGGCUCUGCCCGCUGCCGCAUAUCAGGAGCUGUUUACCCCCGAGAAUAUGAGAGGAAGACACAGUUUGACUCCGCUGAGUUUCCCUAAAUCCAGAUCAGCUCUGUGGGACGGCAGCUCUGCAGGAGAGAAGCUGCAGCUGCACCUCUGCUCUCACAGGAAGCCUCGGUUGCUGCUGUUGGAGAAAACUCUGCGAUUGGCUCAGCGUCAUGUCCGUCACAGUAACAAGUCCCGCCUCCUCUGCUUCCUGCUGGGAUCAGUGUGUGUGGACAAAGAUGAGGAAGGUGUGACGGUGACUCUGGACCGGUUCGAUCCGGGUCGGAACCAGCCGGGUUCUGGUCUGGUUCCCUCUGCUCUGCUGCCCGGGGACCUUCUGGUUCCCUGCUGGUUCUCCACGGAGAACACUGAUGAUGUCAUCCAAUCAGAGGCUGAGCUCCAUCACUGCUUCCAGGUGUUGCAGCAGUCGGUCAGCAGCAGACAGUCUCUGGAUGUCAGUCAGCUGUUGCAGGUCAGAGGUCGCGUGUGUUUCUCUCAGCAGUCGGACGCUUCCUGUUUGUCUCUCAGCUGGUCUCUCGUCUGUCCGGCCGUCGCCGUGGAAACCGAGCCGGUCCGACCCGUUCCCAUAAUCCCCAGCGCUCUGAUGAGGAGCCUGAGCAGCCGGCCGCCGCUGGGCAACCGCCAGAGAGGGUUCCUGACUAUGGAUCAGAGCAGGAAGUUGCUGCUGCUGCUGGAUUCAGACCCUAAAGCCUCCAACCUGCCGCUGGUCGGACUCUGGCUGAGUGGCGUCACACACGUGAUGAACCCUCAGGUUUGGUCCUCGUGUCUGAAGUUCCUGUUCAGCUCCGCUCUGAGGGACAGAGUGUUUUCAGACGGCGGAUGUUUCCUGCUCGUCGUGUUCGCAGCGACUCACAGAACUCCUCAGUUCUUCCAGUGUCGAGGAGCCAGACCUGGACCUGGACCUGGACCAGGACCAGGACCAGGACCACAGCUGGACUGCCAGCUGCUGACCGCCUCUGAGUGUGUCACUCUGUACCAGGUGGCGCCGGUGGUCGGUCGGACUCUGCAGUGUGAGUUCAGAUCAGACGACGAUGAUGAUGAUGAUGAUGACGAUGACGAUGGUGACCGCAGACAGACGAAGGUGUUCAGAGACGCUCAGAGAUCCUUCAGCAGCGCCCCCCCGCUGCCUGCUGGUCUGUCCGUCACCGACCAGGAUUCAGGAGUCGAGGACGAGGAUUUGUCUCCACGACCGUCUCCGAGUCCUCACCUCCAUCAGCAGACUCGCAGAGUUCAGCCGUCUGUUCCUGAACUUUCUCUGCUGAUUGACAGCAGCUUCACAUCCAAUCAGAACGCCUGGCAGGGUCCUGGCCCCGCCCACUUACCACCUCCUGACAGGAAGUCUGCUCCUCCACCUGGAAACUCCUCCUCCUCCUCCGCUCCCAGACCGGCUCCUCCUCCUCUUCACCUCCACAGCACCCCCAACUCGAACCUGCAGCAGCCCUGCUCCUGCUGCUCCGCUCACAGCUACGACUGCACCUCCAUCUUCUCCUCCCAUCACCUGACUCCUGCUCCUCCUGCUCCCUCACAUCACCUGACUCCUGCUCCUCCUGCUCCCUCCCAUCACCUGACUCCUGCUCCUCCUGCUCCCUCACAUCACCUGACUCCUGCUCCUCCUGCUCCCUCCUAUCACCUGACUCCUGCUCCCUCCCAUCACCUGACUCCUGCUUCUCCUGCUCCCUCACAUCACCUGACUCCUGCUUCCUCACAUCACCUGACUCCUGCUCCUCCUCUCUGGGAGCAGCGAGGAGUCUCUCCCUCUGACGCCUACCAGCUGCUCCUCCAACAGGACGUCCAGCUGCGCCUCCUGCAGGCUCAGGUGCAGAUGCUGCUGGAGGCUCAGGGGAAACUUCAGGUGGACACUCAGACUCCCAGGAGCACCACCAGCGUCGCCGUGGAGACAGAAGAAGAAGAAGAGAACUUCUACAGCACACUGAUGACUCAGCUGAGCAGCCGACUGCAGGAGUCCCACAGCAGACAGGAAGUAGAAGAGGAGUCCAGGAGGAGCAGCCUGUCUGUGCUCUCUGACUCCUCCCAGUCUUCCCAACCCUCCCAACCCUCCCAGAGGAAGCAGCAGAGCCGUGGAGGAGACCCGGUGGUCAGCGCUACUCUGAAGAGGCUGCAGCAGCUCGGAGUCGACAUGGACGAAGAAGAUCUGACAGAAACCGACAGAAGAGCAGAAAGCAGCAGCACUCUGGCGGGUAUCAACCCCGCGGCGGUCCUGUCCCGUCUGAGCGUGUCCGAGCCGUCGCUCAGCGUUCUGUUUCCUGGCGGCAGCGUUGAUCUGAGUCUGGAGGCCAACGCCAUCGCCCUGCGCUACCUCAACCAAUCACAGCUCAGCAGGCUGUCCCUGGACGGCCACGCCCCCCGGCCAGGCCCCGCCUCCUCUGCAGAAUCCAUGCCGUCGCCUAGCAACAUGUCUCUGGCCACCAGGAAGUACAUGAGGAGGUACGGCCUGAUCGAGGAGGAGGAGGAAGAGGAGGAGGAGGAGGAGGAGGAGGCGUCGGCCCGCCAGCCACUGACUGAAACUCUGAACCUGGAGCUCCUCCCACAGAGUCAGCUGAUCCGAGACCUGAAGCUCCUCCCACAGAGUCAGCUGAUCCGAGACCUGCGCCCGAAGAUGCAGCUGCUCGCCGCCGGCGUCAAACCGCACGCCGCCGACAAGGAGAACAGCAGGCGGCCAUCUUUAGUGAGGGCAAGCAGCCGCCAGACUGAAGCUUCUGUGGGAAACAUCCUGGACCUGAGCCGCCUGAGAGAGCUGCCCAAACUCUUCUAACACUGAACCAGUUACACCAGUUACACCAGUAAUACCAGUUACACCAGUAAUACCAGUAAUACCAGUUACACCAGUAAUACCAGUAAUACCAGUUACACCAGUAAUACCAGUUACACCAGUAACACCAGUAACAGCAGUUACACCAGUAAUACCAGUUACACCAGUUACACCAGUAAUACCAGUUACACCAGUUACAGCUGUCCAGUCUCUUCUAACACUAGUUUUAGUUGUACUGGUUUUACUGGUUUUAC